AUGGUUUCGCAAAUAUUUGAUGAACUCCAAAAAGAAAUGUCCUUAAUUAAUACCGAUGAUGAAUCUCAAAAUUAUAAACAAACUAAUAAACAAGUUAGUGGUACUGAUAAAGUACAAAUGAAAAAACAACUUGGCCUAUUAGAAGGAGUUGCAAUUAUUUUAGGAAUUAUAUGUGGUUCAGGUAUUUUCAUUUCACCAAAGGGUGUAAUCACAGAGGUAGGGAGUGUCGGAGUAUCUUUAAUUGUUUGGAUUUUAUGUGGUUUACUUUCUAUGGUGGGAGCAUUAUGUUAUGCUGAAUUGGGUACUUGCAUACCUAGAAGUGGUGGAGAUUAUGCCUAUAUCUAUGAGGCUUUUGGUGAUUUACCUGCUUUCUUGUACUUAUGGGCUGCUAACUUAAUUUUUGUACCAACUACAAAUGCUAUUAUGGGAUUAACUUUUGCUCAGUAUGUUUUACAACCAUUUUUCCCUAAUUGCUCUAUUCCAGAUAAUGGUGUACGUCUCUUAGCAGCAGUUACUAUCUGUUUACUUACAUUUGCAAAUUGCUAUGAUGUCAAAGAAACAUCUAAAAUGCAAAAUAUAUUCAUGUUUGCAAAAAUUGGUGCAUUAGUAAUUAUAAUUAUUACUGGUUUGGUUUGGGUUAUGUUAGGUCAUACUGAAAAUUUUGAGAAUGUUUUUGAAAAUACAAUUUCGGACCCUGGAAAAAUUGCAGUGGCCUUUUAUUCUGGUAUAUUUUCAUAUUCUGGGUGGAAUUACUUAAAUUUUAUGACAGAGGAAUUAAAAGAUCCCUAUGUAAAUUUACCACGAGCUAUAUAUAUAUCGUUGCCAUUAGUUACUCUUAUCUAUGUAUUGGCAAAUGUUGCUUAUUUAUCAGUUUUAACGCCAACUGCGAUGAUUGCUUCUCAUGCAAUUGCUGUGACCUUUGGGGAUCAACUUCUUGGUGUCAUGGCAUGGACAAUACCUGUUAUGGUAGCUGUAUCUGCAUUUGGAGGAUUAAGUGUUCAUAUUAUGACAUCAUCUAGAAUGUGUUUUGUUGGUGCCAGAAAUGGACAUUUUCCUUCAAUAUUAAGUCACAUUAAUAUUUCAAGAUUUACACCCACACCUGCCUUAAUGUUUCUUUGUAUAUUAUCUUUAAUAAUGCUAUGUACAAGUGACAUUUUUGUACUAAUCACAUAUUGCAGUAUAGUCGAAUCAUUCUUUAUAAUGUUAUCAGUAGCUGGUGUUCUAUGGCUUCGUUAUAAACAACCCAAUAUGAAUAGACCAAUCAAAAUGCCUUUAUGGAUACCUAUUACAUUUGUGGCCAUAUGUGCAUUUUUAGUAUUUGUUCCAUGCUACGAAAGACCAUAUGAAGUUGGAAUAGGCGCCUUAAUAACUUUAUCUGGAAUUCCAGCUUAUUUUCUCGGUGUCAAAUGGAAAAAUAAGCCAUUGUGGUUUCAACAAUUUAAUCUUAAAAUUACUUAUGUCAUACAAAAAUUAUGCAUGUCUGCCACUGAAGAACGAGAUUAUUGA